CUGGCUAGAUAAUAAAUUAAAUAUUUGUUAUCUUUAAAAUUUAAGAGUAUGUAGUAGAUACUAUCUACAUUAUAUUGAAUAUUUUUUAACAAAUAUUUUAUAAACAGCACUUACUUAAAUCAGUAGAACAUGGGGUUUUACAUUUAUUUUGUUGCUUUAAUAGCAAACUUUUUAUUAUUUGAAGUUGGAAGCACACUAUCCUGGACUUCACCGGUGUUUCCAAAACUGACUGGUACAGACAAUCCACUAUCACGACCGAUCACCACCGACGAACGCUCGAUCAUAGCAGGCAUACCGAAUAUAGGGGCCGCCAUUGGUCCGUUUGUGACAGGAAAAAUUGCGGAUAGAUUCGGUCGAAAAGUGACGCUACUCUGUGUGGCAGUACCAUACGUAAUUUCAUUUGUGGCUCUGGCUUUUGCGCAGAAUGUAUGUAUUUUUUACGUCGCCAGGUUUAUUCAGGGUGUGGCGCUAGGGUGUACCCUACAAAUAGUGAGCAUGUAUUUUGGGGAAAUAACUGAGAAAUCUAACAGGGGGAGAAUCAGUUCUUCCCUAGCUAUAUUCAGUGGAUUGGGAGUUCUUUUUUGCUAUUUAUUUGGACCGUAUUUAUCUAUAAGGUUGUUUAGUUUAAUAUUUGCCAUUCCAGCUGGUUUGGUUAUAGUUUUAUAUACGUUCAUCCCCGAAAGUCCUUUGUAUCUAGCUAAUAAAGGUGACAGGAGUGGGGCUGAAAAAUCCCUGAUGAAGCUUAGAUCAAAGUCAGCGUCUGAAGUGGCAGAAGAGCUAUCGGAAUUGAUGCGAUUCUGUGAAAAAUCACAGUGUAAAGGUACUUUAAAAGAUGUCUUUACAUCACGUGGUUUGAUGAAGGCCUUUUAUAUCUCACUAGGAGUUUUACAAAUAACACCAUUAGUAGGAAUAGGACCUAUUCUAGCUUACAUGCAAACUAUUUUUGACUCUGCAGGUGGUGCCAUACCAUCUCAUCUAGGUUCAAUUCUGGUAAGUAUUAUUAAAGUUUUAUCAUGUUUAUUGACAUCUAUAAUAGUGGAAAAAACUGGUAAAAAAGUACUGCUACUUAUUUCUUCAGUAGGUGUUUUUCUGGCUCUUACAGGUCUAAGCACGUUUUUCUUCCUUCAAACUAAUGGCGUUGAUGUGUCAUAUAUAUCCUGGAUACCUGUAACAAGUUUAAUCUUAUACAUGACGUUCUUCAGCAUAGGUGUAUACCCAAUAUCAUGGGUCAUAAUGGGUGAACUAUUUCCAUCAAAUGUUAGAUCUGUUGCCUCUAGUCUCCUAACAUCUCUUAACUUCAGUGCCUCAUUUCUCAUUACUAUAGUUUUUCCAUAUCUAGAAGAUUCUUUAGGUUUAGGACCUGCAUUUCUAUUUUUUGCUGGUUCAGGAGUUUUGGGCGGUAUUUUUGUAUAUUAUUGUGUUUUUGAAACGAAUGGGAAAUCUCUAUCAGAGAUACAAGAUUUGUUAAAUAAAUAAAUAAAUAUUGUCAUAAAUAUUAUUUUAAG